GGAGCCCCUUGACCUGGUUCUCAAUGGUUCUUAUCAUACUCCAUUCCAAGGAUAAUCAUUUUUUAUCUUAUCAAUCAAAAAAGGGGCCAAAUCAAUUCUCCAUAUAAAUACUCCACUUUGCCGCUUCGCUGUUACGCAGUAUUUUAAUCGUCGAUGCGCGUCAAUACGACCCGAUGCUACAGUACAUAAAUACUUUAGUAUUACCUAAGCGCUUUUCAAGAAUACCUAUGAAAAUUAAAUUUCAAAAAAAAUAUUUAAAAAUACUUCAACUCAAACAUACAUAUGUACAUUUUAUGUAAGUGAGCAGGCACUCAGAGAGUAAUCAUUCAUAUCAAUCUCCAGUACCUAGUUAUAUCAACUACCAAAAUGUCAGCACAGCAAUUUGCUGCGGGAGACCCUGGUACCAGAUACGGUAGGUAGGCCCUUUAGGUCGAAGGAUGGAUGGACAAGCGCCUCCAAACCUGUCGCAUAUGCCGAAGCCGGCCAUAGUAGGCACAUUGACAUAUAAAGAGAGCUUGGCUUACCAGUCUCGCCUCGCGGUGGCUACGUAAGUAAUCAGCACCUGUAUAGAUACCUAGGUAGGAAGGUAAGAAUAGUACCUAGCGUACGCAGACCUCACGUUGCCAAAAUGACACCUCCCCCCAAAACCCUACGCAUCGGCGUCGACGUAGGCGGCACCAACACCGAUGGCGUAAUCCUGGACCCCUCGCGGGCGCUGGAGCCGAACAAGGGGAUAGUAGCCUGGCACAAGACGCCGACAACCAAAAACCCAAGCCUCGGGAUCAACGACGCCAUCACCACCAUGUUCGGCGCCGCCGACAUCAACCCGGCGCAGGUCGCCAGCGUAACAAUCGGGACCACGCACUUCGUCAACGCCGUCGUGGAGCGGGACGCCGCGCGCCUCUCCAAAGUCGCCGUCCUUCGUCUCUGCGGGCCCUUCUCCAAGCACGCGCCUCCCUGCGUCGACUGGCCCGACGACAUGCGCGAGCUGAUCCUGGGGUACUACGCCCUUUUAAAGGGAGGGCUCGAGGUCGACGGGUACGCGAUCUCGGACAUCGACCCGGCCGAGAUCCGGGCGCAGUGCGCGAUCAUCCGGGAGAAGGGGAUCAUGAACAUCGUGGUCAACGGGGUCUUCAGCCCGAUUGACACGGUCGCGCAGCAGGAGACUUCCGCCGCGGCCAUCAUCCGCGCCGAGAUCCCGGGUUGCGACGUCGUGUGCUCGCGGGACGUCGCGAAUCUCGGCUUCCUCGAGCGCGAGAACGCCGCGAUUCUCAACGCGUCCAUCCUCUCCUUCGCGCGCAAAACCAUCCGCUCCUUCCAGGAGCCUGUGCGCCGCCUCGGCCUCGACUGCCCCGUCUUCAUCACCCAGAACGACGGCACCAUUCUGUCCGGCGACAUGGCUGCCAAGCUGCCCAUCCGUACCUUUUCUAGCGGACCCACCAACUCCAUGCGCGGCGCCGCUUUUCUCGUGGCCAACGAGCUGGAUGAGGCCGUCAUGGUCGUUGAUAUUGGUGGCACGACCACUGACGUCGGUCUGCUACUCGCCAACGGGUUUCCGAGACAGCAGGCCGCGUACAGCGACCUCGCCGGGGUCCGCAUGAACUUCUCGUGCCCUGACGUCAAGAGCAUCGGGCUCGGCGGCGGCUCCAUAGUUCGCGGGAGCGGAGAGAACCUAACCGUAGGCCCUGACAGCGUAGGCUACAAGCUCACGGAGGAGGCUUUGGUGUUUGGCGGCAAGACGCUGACCACCACCGACUGCACGGUGCUGGCCAACAGUACGAUCGAUAUCGGGGACAGGUCAUUGGCAAAGGGGGCGUUGGACGAAGAGGGCAUUCUCAAGUUCAAGGCCGCCGUUAAGCACAAGAUUGAGAAGAUCAUCGACACGAUGAAGACAUCGCCUGAGGACCUCCCAGUCCUUCUCGUAGGAGGCGGCGCCGUAAUCGCGCCCGACGAACUGAAGGGGGCGAGCAAGGUUCUCAAGCCCAAGUGGUCGGAGGUCGCGAAUGCCAUCGGCGCAGCGAUCGCACGAGUCAGCGCUGUGGUGGACACCGUCAAGUCGACCGAUUCGAGGUCCACCCAGAGCAUCAUAGACGAGGUCUGCAAGGAAGUGAUUGAACGAGCUGUGGCGAACGGCGCGUCGAGAGAGACGGUCAAAGUGGUCGAGAUGGAUUACCUGCCCUUGCCUUAUAUAGCCAACAAGUCACGCUUCACAGUGCGGGCAGCGGGCGACCUGGAUUACUCACGAACCGAGUUUUCGAAGCUACAUUUCGACGAUUCCUCAGCAGAGGCAGUCGACGAAAUGGACGAAUACUCAAAGGUUACUGAUACGCCGGAGACAAAGACGAAAUCAGCACAGCCUAAGGAAGACAUCGACAUCGACAACUAUAAGCCCGUAGUCCAGAACCGCGUGUGGCUGGUCAACGAGACCGACCUCCAGUGGAUCACAAUCGGGUGCUACAUCCUGGGAACGGGUGGUGGCGGUAGCCCCUACGCGUCCAUGAUCCGGCUGCGACAGAUGCUGCGGCGGGGCGACGUUGUGCGCGUGGUGAGCCCGGAUGACUUGCCCGACGGCGUGGCGGUGGCGACGUGCGGGCACGCGGGCUCGCCGACGGUGGGGAUAGAGAAGCUUGCGGGCGACGAGAUGACGCAGGCGCAAGAGGAGCUAUACAAGGUAUUCGGCAGCAAGCCGACGCACAUGAUCUCGAUCGAGAUCGGCGGCGGCAACGGGCUGCAGAGCAUGAUCGUCGGCGCGAGCACGAACAUGGACUUGCCGGUUGUCGACGGCGACUGGAUGGGCAGAGCGUACCCCACCAAGUGGCAGACCACGCCGGUUGUGUUUAACGAGAGACCUCUGAUUUGGUCGCCUGUCGCUAUGGCCGACGGCAAUGGGAAUGUUGUCAUUAUGCCGACCGCUACCUCAGACUUGCAGGUGGAGCGCAUUCUUCGAGCAGCCCUGAGCCAAAUGGGCUCGUCCGUCGGAAUGGCCGACCCGCCCGUGACCGGCUCGGAGUGUAGGCGGUGGGCCGUGGAACACACCAUCUCCCAAUCAUGGCGGAUCGGUCGCGCAGUUGUCAAGGCACGCCAAUCGAACCGCGUAGACAACGUCGCGGAGACCAUCCUCGCGGAAUGCGGAGGGCCGGCAGCGGGUAGAGUGUUGUGGAAGGGCAAGAUAGUCGGCGUAGAACGCACGUUGCGCUUAGGUCACAUCUACGGGGAGUGCCUCAUUGAAGGCGCAGAUGUAGUCGACGAUGAGACCGCUACGCAUAUACAGUCUACGUCGAAGGAAGACGGGCCGAAACAGCCCCAAUUCCAGGGGAUUAUCAAGAUCCCAUUCAAGAACGAGAAUAUCGCUGCCAUCAAGAUCUCACGCUCGGUCGUGGAUGGUGAGGUGGUGGAGACGGAGGGCGAGGUCCUGGGGCUGGUGCCCGACCUGAUCACAGUAAUCGAUGCGCAAAAUGGCGAGGCCAUCGGCACCCCUGAGUAUCGGUACGGGCUUUUGGUUAUCGUCCUUGGGAUCGCGGCGAGCGAGCGGUGGACCUCGGAGAGAGGCAUCAAGAUUGGUGGACCUGAGGCCUUUGGCAUGGAUCAUCUGACGUAUAAACCAUUGGGCAAGUUCGUCAAACCAAGGAGCGUGAUUGAUGAAUUCGAUGUUAGUUUAUAGGUAGAUAUCUCGACCGGAAGGGGAACUCGAGGCUUGAAAGUCCUAGACACGUAAAGGGGUAUAGUUAUUAGGUAACCUAUAUUAUCUGACUUUAAAGAUAUGUGAAAAGCACAUUCAUCUGCUGUCAUGAUUUGGUUCAAUAGCCACGAAAAUCAUUGGAAUAUCCAGAUCCACCUCCUACUAGGCGAACCCCUAUCUCAGUCUUCCAGCCAUACCCCUGUUUUUAUAGGGCUACUAGGUACCUAAGCAUCAGCGCUAGAAAUUGUUCAAGUUUAGGUGAAUACGACGUAACUAACUAAUCCUUGAUACAAUUUUCAAAGCUUUCCCAACCAUGUUCGACUUUACCAUCUUCCGAUUAUACAAAUCGCAUAAUUGAGAAUUGAAAGCUGUCUUUAGCUUGUGAUUCGGUCCCGAGGAUCCAUUUCUAUGUCUGCCUGUCUGUCUGUUGGUUGUUCGAGAUAUACCUUCUUAGUUGUAUUAUUGAAAGCUGCAGGAAAAAAAAGAUCAAAGAGGCAUCUUCCAGCGAGGAGGUUUCGCUGGCCGUGCAGCAGAACUCAAUUCCUAUAGGAGGUAAGUUAUAAGUUAUAGGUGCUAACCCGGGGUAAGGUGCCUGGGGAAAC